AUGGAGUUGGAAGAUCACGAAGAACGCAUGCAACAAGUUGAUUUGGAUUUGGAUUUGGAAGCAGUUAUAACCACCAAACCACUACUCCGCAACCACAACCCACCUCAUGCUCCCCGGCUCAACAAAAACCCCACUCCGGUCCAAACCAACCUCCCCACCUAUCGAGAGUGCUUGAAGAACCACGCCGUCGCCCUCGGCGGCCACGCCCUCGACGGCUGCGGCGAGUUCAUGCCGGCCGGGCCCGACGGCUCCCUCGACGCCCUCAAAUGCGCCGCCUGCACCUGCCACCGGAACUUCCACCGCAAGGACGCGCCGUUGAUCUCCUACAGCCGGGCUCCGGCGGGGUACCUCCACGUGGCGCCGGAGCGGCGGAUGCUGGCCCUGCCGGCGCCGGCGGAGAUGGGGAGGAAGAGGAUGCGGACGAAGUUCACGGAGGAGCAGAAGGAGAAGAUGUUGGGGAUGGCGGAGAAGCUGGAGUGGCGGAUCGAGAAGGAGGACGAGGCGGCGGUGGCGGAGUUCUGCAACGCGAUCGGCGUGAAGCGGCGCGUGCUCAAGGUCUGGAUGCAUAACAACAAGAACACGUUUCGUAAGGAUCAGCAUGAUCAUACCAAAUUUUCCUCACCCAUUAACUAA